GUAGUUUUCCAUAAUUUUUAAAAAUCAUAAUCUAGUGUAUAAAUAAUGGAUGUUAUUAUGGGGUAAUGAUGAUAAAGGAGUUUGUAUGGAGGGGUAAGCUGUCGAGAGUUUGUUAUAGGGUUUGCUUCGCGAAGAAAAAUGAUGAUCUCAUUCUUCCUUCAACAAACAACUUUAGCGUGAAGCAAAUCUGACCAAGAAAAUCCCCAGAUUGUUAGUGAAAAACCAAAAAGAAAAAAGAAUUUCAAGAUUUGUAGAAGAAAAGGAGAAAAAGACUCGAGCUAUAGGAACGAUUGGGUAUAUUAGUGCGGCGGCGAAGGAAAAUGAGCGCCUCCAGAUUCAUAAAGUGUGUUACUGUCGGCGAUGGUGCUGUCGGCAAAACUUGCUUGCUUAUUUCCUACACCAGCAACACUUUCCCUACGGAUUAUGUCCCUACUGUUUUCGACAAUUUCAGUGCAAAUGUUGUUGUGGAUGGCAGCACUGUCAACUUAGGUUUAUGGGAUACUGCUGGUCAAGAGGAUUACAAUAGAUUGAGACCAUUAAGCUAUCGUGGGGCCGAUGUCUUUAUUCUUGCAUUUUCCCUCAUCAGCAAGGCUAGUUACGAAAAUGUUACAAAGAAGUGGAUUCCUGAAUUAAAGCAUUAUGCACCUGGUGUUCCGAUAGUUCUUGUUGGAACUAAGCUUGAUCUCCGGGAUGAUCAGCAAUUCUUUGUAGACCAUCCUGGUGCAGUGCUCAUUUCUACAGCUCAGGGUGAAGAAUUAAGGAAACAGGUAGGGUCUUCUGCCUACAUCGAGUGUAGUUCAAAAACACAGCAGAAUGUGAAGGCAGUUUUUGAUUCAGCUAUUAAGGUAGUGCUUCAGCCUCCGAAGAAAAGCAAGAAGAAAAAGGCACAUGGUGGUUGCUCAAUAUUGUGAUGGGUGGAAGAUUCAAGUCCGACAAAGAUGGAUCAACCUGCCAGCUUCUUGCUGCUUGUAUCCCUGUCGAUGUCACCUUUUAAAAUUGUAGGAAGCAGCAAGCCAUCAUUGUAUAGUGUCUACUGACAUUCUGGGGGUUUCUGUGAAAGAUUCAAGUGGUUUGUUUCUGUGUUUUUACUUAUUAUCAAUCAAUCUAUAGUUGAUGACAA